UCUGUGACUCGCUCCAAUCAUCCCCCAAAAUCUAGCUGGCUAAGUAAAAGAAUGCAUUGCCUAUUUUGAUCGCAGAAUCAAUUUGGUAUCGAUAGACAACCCAUGGGCACAUAUCUCGUUUUGUUUGUGUCGACGAAGGUCAGGAAAAAUACCUUUCUAGGUUGUGCUACCUAAUGUUUUCCAGGUAGUUGGCUUAAUAGCCUCGAUGCACAGCACAGGGUUAGUUAUCAGUACAGUUAUUUAGCUAGCUAACGUUAGCUAUCUUUGCUUGAAGUGUGGGUUGCCUAUUGUGCUAGCUAGCCAGCUACCGUUAACCGCUAUCUGAUUUGCUGUGUUUGAAAUAUUUUCAUAUUUCUUUGAGUUGUCUUCAUUCUCAUCACCGGUGGAUAUGGGACUACUCUUUACCAAGCUGAUGACUGUCUUCGGAGACCGAGAACACAAAGUGAUCAUAGUGGGCCUGGACAAUGCUGGGAAGACCACUAUCCUCUACCAAUUCCUUACCAAAGAGGCGGUUCACACCUCCCCCACCAUUGGCAGUAACGUAGAGGAGAUCUCUGUACGCAAGACCCGCUUCCUGGUGUGGGACAUCGGAGGCCAGGAAAGCCUGAGAGCCAGCUGGAACUCCUACUACUGCAACACAGAGAUUGUGAUUCUGGUUGUGGACAGCACAGACCGCGAGCGCCUAAAUCUGAACAAAGAUGAACUUCACCGCAUGCUUGCACAUGAGGACCUACAGAAUGCUGCGAUUCUAGUUCUGGCCAACAAGCAGGACAUGAAGGACUCUAUGACAGUGGCAGAGAUCUCCCAGUGCCUCACCCUCAGCUCCAUCACAGCCCACUCCUGGCAUGUACAGGCCUGCUGUGCCCUCACAGGGGAGGGACUACCUGCCAGUCUGGACUGGAUGAGGUCUCGUGUCCUGGCCAGUUAGAACUCCUUCCGUGGGCUCAUCCCAAUUGGAACCAGGACAGCUAUCCUUUGAUCCAACAAACACAACCUCUCAGACGUCACAGCCAAAGCCACAGUGCCCAGAUCAGGAUCUCCACUAUCUGUAGUGACACUGCCCCUCUGAGCCCCAGGGGUGGCCCCAGUCCUGCCCUGUCACCCUCAUGCCUUACCCAGCCCUUAGUGUGUAUGCCAGGGCUGACCAGAGUCCAGGUCUGCCUCGGGAUAGAGGAGGCCUGGAGGAACCUGGCAGAACCUUAGCUAGACAUGCCAUGGUGUGCCAGUGUGCAUGUGCAUUAGCAUCUAUGUGUGGUGUGUGUGUGAGACUCCGUUCUAGAGGUCCACCAUGUUUACAUAAGAAUCCCUACCUGUCAGACCUGACUCCAUGAGGAUGACACAAUAUGCCCCACAUAAGCUGAAAAGGGACCUAAUCACAGUAUUUAAGCCUCCUGUCCUCAUGAACUCCACAGAGGUAGAAUGGGAGGUUGCAUUGGAUUUCUUUAACAUACAGAUUUGUACCUCUGACCUUGAGGAAAACCACAGUACAACAGGUUAAGAGGCCAGACCUAAUGGUGAUCAGACUGGUGCUCAGCCUUCUAAGCUAACAAUGCACAAAUUACUUGAAGUAUUUAUAUCAAAUAAGAAAAAGGGGGUUUGCUUGACAGUGUAAAAUAGUAGCAUGCUUUCUGUAAAAAGCAAGAUGCAAAACAAGUAUUGUCUGAUUUAAAACAGGUUAAUCAUGUAUUUUUAUACAUAUACAGUGGCUAUGUAUUUUACGGUACAAAAUAUUUUUUUGUACAAAUAAAUGUUAUUAUUGAUAAA